AUGGCUUCCUUCUCUGCCUACAUCACAGUCGACGAGAACACCCUAUACAUCCAAGGCGGAUCCAAUGUCUCCACCUCUUCCGUCGCAUACGAUCAGUUCUACUCCUUGGAUCUCACGCAGAGCUGGAACACCUCCAAUCCUCCAUGGUCCGAGGUUCCCAUCGCCUCCGGCUCUCGCAUCCCAACCCGCCUUCGGACUGUCUUUCAUUCCAUCUCGCUCUCACGGAAUCACAAGACGCUGACCUUCUGGGACGUCUACUAUUCACCACCAUACUCUGUCAACUAUCAGCUGGACACUAACAGUUGGGAGGAGCUGCCCUCCCUACCAGUCCAACGACCCCUCGUCAGCAAAGUGUCCAAAGCAGCGACGGACCCCUCCUCAGAUCAGGUUUACAUCCCUGGUGGAGCGGGUAGCAGUAUGCUUUCCUUCGAUCCCUUCUCAGAAAUCACGAAUGUGCUUGCGAUGCCUCCUGGUGGAAGAGCCACAAGCUGGAACGCUGCUUCGUUUGCUUGGAAUGAUGUUCGCCAGACAUUCUUGCUGUUUGGUGGAUUUGAUACUCCUGGAUCGUCGUACUUUUACGAGUACAAACCCUCAAGCGCAACUCCAUGGACAGCUCUGAGCUCUUCUGGAUCCGGACCACCUGCUCUUGCCGGCGGAUGCAUGGUCGGAGCCAAGAUGGUCGUCUUUGGUGGCAGGUCUGGAGGCUCCAUCUCUGGCAGCAUUUACAUCCUGGAUGUCGCUUCCAUGACAUGGAGUAAAGGACUAGAUUCUCAGCCUCGAACUGGAAUGGUCUGCUCAGUCUCGGGUGACUACUUUAUCGCCUGGGGAGGAGUAUCGUCCGACAGUUCUGACGACUCGGUUUUGUUGUCGGAGAUCCCUAUCGUUUACAACCUCAACGCGGGACAGUGGACGACAAUGUUUGUCGCCAAGAACGGUACGCCAGUACCACCACCAUUAACACCAACACCAACAGAGACGCUGAUGACAGGAGAACCAGGAUCUUUGCCCACGGUCACACCCAUCAUUACUCCUACGGAUUCACCCAUCAUUACUCCAACGGAUGCGCCUACGCCUACAGACGCGCUUACACCUACAGACGGGCCUACACCCACAGACGCGCCUACACCUACAGAUGCGCCUACGCCUACAGACGCGCUUACACCUACAGACGGGCCUACACCCACAGACGCGCCUACACCUACAGAUGCGCCUACGCCUACAGACGCGCUUACACCUACAGACGGGCCUACACCCACAGACGCGCCUACACCUACAGAUGCGCCUACGCCUACAGACGCGCUUACACCUACAGAUGGGCCUACACCCACAGACGCGCCUACACCUACAGAUGCGCUUACACCUACAGAUGCGCCCACACCUACAGAUGCGCCUACACUCACAGAUGCGCCCACACCUACAGACGCGCCCACACCUACAGAUGCGCCUACACCCACAGAUGCGUCUAGACCUACAGAUGCGCCUACACCUACAGAUGCGCUUACACCUACAGAUGCGCCUACACUCACAGAUGCGCCCACACCUACAGACGCGCCCACACCUACAGAUGCGCCCACACCUACAGAUGCGCCUACACUCACAGAUGCGCCCACACCUACAGACGCGCCCACACCUACAGAUGCGCCUACACCCACAGAUGCGUCUAGACCUACAGAUGCGCCUACACCUACAGAUGCGCUUACACCUACAGAUGCGCCUACACUCACAGAUGCGCCCACACCUACAGACGCGCCCACACCUACGGAUGCGCCCACACCUACAGAUGCGCCUACACCUACAGAUGCGCUUACACCUACAGAUGCGCUUACACUCACAGAUGCGCCUACACCUACAAACACGCCCACACCUACAGAUGCGCCUACACCCACAGAUGCCUCUAGACCUACAGACGCGCUUACACCUACAGAUGCGCCCACACCUACAGAUGCGCCCACACCUACAGAUGCGCCCACACUCACAGAUGCGCCCACACCUACAGAUGCGCCCACAACUACGGAUGCGUCUAGACCUACAGAUGCACCUACACCUACAGAUGCGCCUACACCUACAGACGCGCCUACAGAUGCCCCAAUUACGACGCCUACCGACACGCCUAUCACUACGGCGACGGACGCUCCCACAGACGCGCCCAUUACAACUCCAACUGAUGAACCUAUCACUACUCCCACGGACGCACCUAUUACUACGCCUACAGACACACCCACAGAUGUAUCCAAUCCUAUGCCAACAGUCGCUCCAACGGACGCACCAAUAACCACGCCCACAGACGCAUUAAACCCUACGCCAACAGACGCCCCUAACCCGACUCUCACAGACGCACCAAACCCUACGCCAACAGUCGCACCCACAGACGCGCUCGUUCCUACCGUGACAAGUACUCCUGGACAUGGCAGUACGGCGACAGAAUCGCCUAGUGGUACGGCAACAGAGUCAUCUAGUGCAACGGUGACAACUGAGCCCGGAGUUAGCAGUACAGCGACUGGAGAACCUGGCACUACGGCUACUAGUACUCCUGGAAAUGGUGAAACGGCAUCAGGAGCACCUGGAGGUAGCAGCUCAGAGACAGGAACAACUGGAGGUGGUACUCAUCCAACAGGAGGUGACAAUUCCGAGACAGGACGCCACGCCGAGCCAACGGGCAGCUCAGGUUCAGGAGUCCACAGUACGCCCACAGGAGGUGGAACUAGAGGAACAGGAGUUGCCGAUUCGGUGACGGGAGCAGAACCCACCCUCAAAGACAACUCUGCGACGCUCGGAGGCGCCAUCGGUGCUGGUGUCCUUGUCUUCUUGACUCUCAUCAUCGCGGCGGUCGUCUGGAGCCGUAGCCGUCGUGAGAAGAAGAAGAAGGAAGAGAUGCAGGAGAUUCCUGUUCAGUUGCCGCGACCCUUGCAGAAGAUCAAACACAAGCUUUUGGAGAAGAUUCCCUUUUAA